AUGAAACACCCAUUGGCCCGGGGACACAAAAUUAUAUCCUUGCUGGUUGGAUUUGAUACGAAGACACCGCUAGCGGAAGAGGACGCGACGGAACAGAAGGAAACAUCAGCAGAGGACACGCUGGUGGCGGCAGACGACGGUGCAGACGAAACGCUUGGUGAACCCUCGACGAAGCAAGACGACGAUGGUGAAAACGAAGCAAAAGAGAGGCUUUCAGUGGAAAAUUUGGUCGAAAAUGAUAAGACUAUGGAGGCGGAAACCCCGGAAGAUGGGACGGAAGAACCGGCACAGAGAAUUGAAAGUAGCGUGGUGGAAUCAACGGAAACUUCCAAGGCUCUUGAUGCGGACACUUCGAUCAGUCAGGAAGCAAAGGAAGAUGAAGAUGUUGAACACGGUCAGGUAAACACUGAAUCAAAAGACACGGCACUCUUAGAUGAAAAGGAGCCCACAGAAGCUGACGACGAUGAUGCGACAAGUAAUGAUGAAAAAUUAGAAGAAAAUGUUAUUUCGAAAGAUAUCAAUCAGGAACAGCACGAAAUCCCUGCAGUGAGUAAUGAAAAGGACACAGAUGCUGAGGUCACGAACGAGAAGGAAAGUGGUAGUUUAGGCGAGGAAGAAACGGAAGCUACUGUUGAAGAUGAGGACGAAUCGGACACAUCGGAAGAUGAACAGGAUUCCCAAAACACGGAUCACUUCAGUAAGGUUGAAAAUGAAACGAAUGCAAAUCAGGAACAAAUAACGACCGACGAAGAACGGGAGAAAAAGGCACUGCCGAAGGACGAUUCUAUGGAAGUUGAGCCUUUGCCUUCUUUGGAUGAAGAAAAAAGUAAGGAUGGUGGUACCGUCGACGCGGAGGAUUUAACCAACCUGACGUCGAGUGCAACGGUGGAAUCAAACCAAAAGGAGGAAAAUAUCCUUCAGGAUGAAAACUCAAGAGCAUUCGAGGAACCACAAGCUGCCGAUAACGAAGAAGACAACGGAGAUGAAAUUGAUACCAAAAAUGAUCCGGAGUCGACGACGACGAGAUCCGUGGUAGAAGAAUCAUUAUCACCAGAGGAAAGCGGAAGUAUCAAUGAUAAUUCCAGCACACCAGCACCGAGCGUUGCCCUCGUGGAGGAACCACCGAGUGCGGCCGAGAUGGAGGCUGACGACGAAGAGCAGGAGCUGCUUAAAACGUCCGCCGCUCUGGCCGGCAAAAGUGAGGACGCGGAAGAGAUCGAAAUCGAAGAGGAGGCGGUAGCUGAAGAGGAGAACGAGGAGGAGGAGGAGGAGGAGGAGAUCGAUCCACAACCUGCCGACGACGACGCUGGAGAGAAUGGAAUCUCGAGCAAACUUGUCGACGACACUGACGAUCCCAUGCUGGCCGAGCAGGAGCAGGAAGAAUAAAUAAGUACCGUACGCCACUAGCAACUCAUCUACUUCAUCAUGAUCAUCAUCAUCAUCAUCAGGUCGAUCACUAUGUUUGAGCACACGAUCGAGAGGAUGCACCAUCUCCUGGACUGGAAAAGUGGGACGAUCUUACUAUCUUGUCAACCUGAAAGAAAAUCUCAGAGACUGCUCAAAGAACAAACCAAACUCACCAUGAAGUACCGAAUGUGGCCGAAAAACCGUUCUCUUUCACUCCUCUCGUGAGGGGUGCUACAAUGCUUCAAUGGAACAAUCUCAUAGAAACUACAACUAUUUUGUACUUCGAUAUGUUAGUGACAAGUUUAAACUGCCCGUACGCUUCUUGUACCACUGUUUGAUUCGCGUGCCGUGAGAGUCGAAAAAUGGUUUCAGGAAUGUAAGCUGCGAUAAGCGUUAGGCAGAGGAGUUAAUAAACAAAACAACAUCGAAACGAUGGUGGACUGUGUGCGAUAAAAAAAAAUGGGAUAGAAUGCGCCUCGGUAGCUGAACGUUUCCGAUUAGAUAACCCCUUUCUCUAACCGACUGAGUACUAAACAGGGGAGCAAUACUACAAUGACCUGGUGAAAUUGAAAACACAUUCGUGUUGUCGACGGAAGGCGAUCUCUACAAAUCACCAUAUAAAGGCAUAACAAAGUGGUUUGGAAUAUUGUUUCUGGCCGCAUUUACCCAAUAUUGGUUGGACUCGUAGCCGAGGAAAACAAAACAAAAACGACGAUGACAAUACGAUGCAACCAGCGAGGAAGGUUAUGGAACAUUAUGUAAAGUGAUCAUUCUUUAAGA